AUGUAUAUAAUCAGUGAGAACGAGAACCUCCUGGAACGUCUGAAACUCUUGAUCCUAAAUAGCCCCGUUCUCGAUGGAUCUCCAGAAGAUCAUAAUCAAGACGAAGCGCAUGCUAUGCUGGCCAAACGAAGAGAUCAUUGCGCACCGAACAACAAAAUUAUGAUCCUUGUGGCCAAAAAUUGGGAUCAACUGAUGAUGGAGACGAUCGGCGAUAUCGCCAGACUCAUGAUGGCUCAUGUAAGCACCAUACAUCAAUGAGAAUGACUUUAUUGCGUUGCUCAGACUCUAUUCGACAUACACUUUAAAUUAUUACUGCCAAGCUAUCACUAAUCCACAUAAAAUUGAAACUUUUCAGUGCCCGGACGGUCAAGGAAAACUGAUGAUUGUAAAAAAAGAUUACGAUUCCUCCGACCGCGACACCCUUCAGAAUCUAAUGCUGGACGUUCGCCAACAGUGGUGCCAAGAGUGGACUUUUCAAUUCGAAAAAGUUCGAAAGUUGGCCGAAAGCGAGGCCAGAGCCGAGGCCUUGAAGAGAAUUGAUCUCUGGACUUCGCCAAAAAUGCCAAAUUAUUCGAUUGUUCACUUCGACGACCCGGAAUUACCGGUGAGUUAGCUUGUUCAAUACUGUGACAGGGCUUGUAAAAUAAUUUUGACGUAUAAUUUAUUAAUUUAGACUCUGAUUGCCAACAAUUUUGACUUGAAAAAUGGAUUGGUCAUCAAAGAUUCGCUGGCCAGGAGACCAUCGCUUUUUUCGAAGCCACCGGUAAGUAUAAAGUGGUACUUUAUAUGGCAAUAUGAUGCUUGUAACCUCUUAUCUUCGUAUUAUUACCUCCACAAACAUAACACAACUCAGGGUUGUCAUAUCGGUCAUAUUACACUUGACACCCUUGUUAUCAAAAUUUCUAUUUUUUUUUGACGUCAAACUUUCUAGAUGUACUGUAUAUAAUAUAUACAUAUUCCAGGCUCUCCAUUGGUCGCAUUUCCCCAGAGAGACCGAACUUCAAGUCAUGUUCAAGUUCACCUUUCCCGCCGGGACAAUGACCGAGCCCUUAUUCCGAGAUAUGAGUAACGCCGCGAAGCAAGCGUUUGACUGGGAGUAUGACUACGAAUGGACUGGUGGGAUCUUCCUUAGGCAAGAGCUGGUAAGAAACUUCAUUAAGAUCUUUUUCUACUCAAGAUAUCUGUUUAUAUUGAUCAUAAAUUGACAUCCCAAAUUUUAGUCAAAGAUUAGCCUGUACCGAGCCAGUAAUCGGGUAGUAGAAUUGGCCGGCCGAAUCGAUACUGAUGAAUAUGCGGCUGAAAUGGAGGACGAGACGCAAGCCGAAGUGCCCUUGAAGAAAGUGUGGCCGCUUUUAUCCCGAGUCCUCAAAGCGGUUAUUGUGGACACUCUAACGUACAAAACAGAUGGAAAAUUGCCUUAUCAGGUGAGUAGUCUUGAAAACUGCUCUUAAAAAAGUGUCAAAAGGUAUCCAUGAGAAUUUCAAAAACUCUCGAAUGCUAUCCAAAACUUUUUUUCAGAUGAACAUUGCCUUCUUUGGAGCCCAAUUCUUCAAAGACAUCAACUACGUAGACGUGAAUGGUCCCAUAACCGCCCGUCUUCUCGAUUCCACUCAACUUUUGGGAGCUCUCGAAAGAACCGGGAAUAUUAAAUUCGGAAUCGGCAAAAGAUUGGUCGGAGUGGAUCUAAAACAAGCAUUCCCCGGCUUCCAACCUCACACUUUGGCUGAUAUCUUUGCCCAAUCAGAUCUACCCGUCAGUUCAAGUCGAGCUUCAAGCUCGCCACUGAUUACAACCCCAGUUACUAAUAUUAUUCUUGAUAAUAACAAUGAGGAAGACGAGUUCCCAACCAAUUCACUUAAUGGCAUUAACAGUAUUAAUAGCGACCGGUCGAACAAUCAAUCAGGGCUUCUGGGAAUUCAGGUAGGGAAAUAUAUACUAUUUUUUCACCAUGACCUCCAAAAAGAUCAUGGAUAAGAUAAAAAAAUUUUUUUAGUCAAACUGCAGAUAAAAGGUUCUAGCACAAGAUAGAUAACUAGGGUCAUAAUCUUCUGGAUAAAGCCAAAAAAUAUAUAGAAGAAGUCUCAAAGACUCUGCCUAUUUUCAAUCUACAGCGACGGACCUGGUUCAGUGGCAAAAAAUGUACCAUUUUGCAUCAGGGAAGUACCAAAAAAUGUAGCAAAAUGCUUCCCUCUCCAAAUGAAAAAACUUCGUUUUGAAGGGCUUUCCCUCACAAAAAGAACGGGCGCGCUUUUGAAAUCGGAGUUUUUUCGCUUGGGGAGGGAGGUAUUUUGCUAUAUUUUCUGAUACUUCCCGGAUGCAAAAUGAUACAUUUUUUACCACUGGAUCAGGUCCGCCACUGUAAGUCAUCAUGGAUUAUACAAAAAUAAAAAAUCUUCAAUUUCAGGCCAAAAACCGAGGUCGUCGAGUUUCCUUCGGCGCAAUUAGAGCGAUCCCGACCAGCACUCUUGGUGAGAACGCAUUUCUCCAUCGAGAUUCCAGCCUCCCACCCGUCAAUGGGACUCAUUCCCGGUCGACCGAAUCUCUGGAGCCUCAUAACGAAGCCGAUGGAACUGCCAACGAAGCCUCUGUGUCCAAUUUCGUCGACAAUCUACUCAAAAAGACGAUGGACGAAGUUUUAGUGAUGGAUUGA